AUGUCUCAGGAACAGACAGAAGCAAGCCAGUCAGAAGAAGAUGACAAGCCAUCCCAGAUGCUUUCCAGCUCUGUGUAUACAACAAGUGCAACCUCAGAGAUAUCCGACGAUGCAUCUGAAACUUCAGAGACAACUUGUCUUAUGGGGUCAAACUUGCUCCUGUUGGGCAGUGGGAGGAAGCGCAGAAAACGAACCAUCAUCACGGCCGAUCAGCUGGAAAAGAUGGAGAAUCUGUACAAGCAAGAACAGUGGCCAGGCCGGGACAAGAAAGAAGUCCUGGCAAAAGAUAUUGGGAUGUCCAGCCACUUCGUCAACAUCUGGUUUCAGAACAAGAGAUCCAGGAUGAAGAAACUCGCUCAGGAGGAAGAGGAGCUGGAGGUGUUGCGUCAGACGAGAAGCCCUGUUAAAGCCAUAAACCUCAGCCUCAAAGCAGACACAGUGGCCCCUAAGCCAGUAAACAUUGCCCCGAGACCACAAACCUCAGGAAGUACAAGCCUUAACGUUAGCCCCAGGCCAGGUCAGUUACAAAUUCCCAGAAUGAGCGGUGUGCCAGUUGGGUCGUGCUUUGUCGUCGGACAGAAUGUGAAGAUCAGUAAUGGAGCAGGAGGGACAUCUACUGGUCUUGUAGUGAGUGCAACAGCUGGAGGUUCACUUCCCACAGUGGUCAAAAUGCAGACUGGAGCCAAUGUGAAGAAUGCCCGUGUAAGAGUUAAGGCUGCAAAUCCUGUGGCUUCAUCCACUCGUCGGCAACCUAGACUCCACUCAUCAGUAAAGCCACGCAAUAUCCAGGCAACAUGCACCAGGUAUCAGACACAGUCUCCAAGGCAACCUGUAAACAGACACCUGAAUUUCUUCAACUGCUUGGCCUCCAUGAUGGCAAUCGAGGAAGGAGGUCUGAUUCGAAAAGGAGAUCCUGAUUUUGACGUGGCUGUAAAUACUGCCCUCUAUGGUAUGCGCAUUGCCCAUGGAAAUAUCUUGACAUACAGAAAGAACGAAGGGCUACGCAUUCACAAUGACCAACCAUGA